CAUAACAGAGCAAAAAGAGACCGAGACUGGAGGGAAAGACAUAUGAAAAUAGAUUUAUAGUAAGGAAAAGAAGAAGAAAAAACACCAAGCGGAACCAGUGAAAAUAAGCUCUUCAAGCAUUUUCAAUUAUCAGUUUAGGAAACUUUUAUUCGUUGUGAAAAAAGGGACAUUCCCGAAAACGAUUGCCGCGUUCAUGUGCUAGUCGGAACUUGUUAACUGGCUGUAUUUCUACAUGUGCACGUUCAACCAGGUUGCAAGUCGAACAUGUCAGAGUUCCCAGUUCCGACUAACGCGAGAACGCAGCAUAAGCAGCAAGAAUAGCUGCAUCACAUUACUCGGUUGCAUGGCUGUCCAAAAUGACAUGAAAAUCAAAACAGCCAACUGAAAGACCGCUGCUUUCUCGCGCUCAUACAGAUGGAGAGACAGAGCGCUCGUGAGCGAUGGAUGCGUGGAUAGAGAUGAACAUUGGGUAGCGUCGGUAAAGAUCCAAGGAAACUGGAAAGUGGACAGUAAAUAAUUGCAAACGGGGAGCUGUCAAAAUAAUGGAUUUUAGCGUGCUACGGAAUCUCAUCAGCAGAUACUGUGCGGGGGAGGAGUAUUGGGUGGACAGUCGUACGGUUUACAUCGGUCACAAAGAACCUCCACCGGCGGCAGAGGCCUACAUCCCUCAACGUUACCCUGACAACCGCAUCGUCUCCUCCAAGUACACCUUAUGGAACUUUAUCCCCAAGAACCUGUUUGAACAGUUCAGAAGAAUCGCCAACUUCUACUUUCUGCUAAUCUUCCUGGUCCAGCUCAUCAUAGACACGCCCACCAGCCCUGUCACCAGCGGACUGCCUCUCUUCUUUGUCAUCACUGUCACCGCCAUUAAACAGGGUUAUGAAGACUGGCUGAGACACAAGGCAGACUGCAGUAUAAAUGAGUGUCCUGUGGACAUGGUGCAGCAGGGGACGGUGGUGAGGACACAGAGCUCCAAGCUACGGGUGGGGGACGUUGUCAUGGUGAGGGAGGACGAGACGUUCCCCUGUGACCUUAUCCUCCUUUCAUCCAGCCGCGGUGACGGAACCUGCUACGUCACCACUACCAGCCUGGAUGGAGAGUCUAGCCACAAGACCUACUAUGCUGUACCAGACACCAUGGCCUUUAAGACAGAGCAGGAGGUGCACUCUCUACAUGCGACUAUUGAAUGUGAACAACCACAACCUGACCUCUACAAAUUUGUGGGGCGCAUCAAUAUUUAUAAGGAAAGAGAGGAUCCCAUAGCCAGACCACUGGGGGCUGAGAACCUUCUCCUCAGAGGAGCUACCCUGAAGAACACAGGACAUAUUUAUGCUGUAGCCAUUUACACAGGCAUGGACACCAAGAUGGCGCUUAACUACCAGUCCAAAUCCCAGAAACGCUCAGCUGUGGAAAAGUCUAUGAAUGCGUUCCUAAUCGUGUAUCUGUGCAUCCUGAUCACUAAAGCGGUCAUUAACACGGUUCUGAAGUAUGCGUGGCAGUGGUCUGCUGACCACGAUGAACCCUGGUACAACCACAGGACCGAGAUCGACAGAGAACGCCAUGUGGUGAUCAGGGCGUUCACAGACUUCCUGGCCUUCAUGGUGUUGUUUAACUACAUCAUCCCAGUCUCCAUGUACGUUACCGUGGAGAUGCAGAAGUUCCUGGGUUCUUACUUCAUAGUCUGGGACAAGGAUAUGUAUGAUGAGGAGCUGGGGGUGGGGGCUCAGGUCAACACAUCUGACCUCAACGAAGAGCUUGGACAGGUAGAGUAUGUGUUUACUGAUAAGACGGGGACGUUGACGGAGAACAACAUGGAGUUUAUAGAGUGCUGUGUGGACGGGCACGUAUAUAUCCCCCACGUCAUCUGUAACGGACAGAUCCUCAGUGCUGCUUCCAGCAUAGACAUGAUCGACUCUUCUCCUGGAGGAUACCGCAGGGAGCACGAGGACCUGUUCUUCCGGGCUCUGUGUCUGUGCCACACGGUGCAGGUGAAGGAGGAGGAGACAGUGGACAGCAUCAAGAGAGGGAUCCACCUGGGAAAGCCCACCUCCUUCUACAUAUCAUCCUCUCCUGAUGAGGUGGCUCUGGUGGAGGGCAUGAAGAGGUUGGGGUACACCUAUCUGAGACUCAAAGACAGUCAUAUGGAAAUACUCAAUAAGGACGAUGAGAUUGAAAGGUUUGAGCUGCUUCACGUGCUCAACUUUGACUCUGUCAGGAGGAGAAUGAGCGUCAUUGUCAAGUCUAGCUCAGGGGAGUACCUGUUGUUCUGUAAAGGGGCAGACACCUCCAUCUUUCCCAGGGUGGUGUCCGGGAAGGUGGAGCAGGUGAGGGCACGGGUGGAGCAGAAUGCUGUGGAGGGCUUACGGACCCUGUGUGUGGCCUACAGAAGUCUGUCCCCAGCGGAGUACGAGGAGGCAUGUCAUCAGCUGAGCGACGCCAAGCUGGCCCUGAAGGACAGGGAGCAACGGCUGGCACAAGCCUAUGACCUCAUUGAGAGGGACUUCACCCUGCUGGGGGCUACGGCCGUGGAGGACAGGCUCCAGGAGAAGGCAGCAGACACCAUCGAGUCUCUCCAAAAGGCUGGGAUGAAGGUAUGGGUGCUGACGGGGGACAAGAUGGAGACCGCGGCAGCUACGUGCUACGCUAGCAAGCUGUUCCGCCGCUCCACACAGAUACUGGAGCUGACCAAGAAACGCACCGAGGAACAGAGUCUACAUGACGUUCUGUUUGACCUGAGCAGGACUGUACUCAGACAACGCUCCCUGUCAGGGCUGUCUGUGGAAUGUCAGGACUAUGGUCUGAUCAUCGACGGGGCCACCCUGUCUGCUGUGCUGAAGCCCAGUCCAGAGAGCUCUGGCUCGGGGAACUACAAAGAGAUCUUCCUGGAGAUCUCUAGGAACUGCAGUGCCGUGCUCUGCUGCCGCAUGGCGCCCCUACAGAAAGCACAGAUUGUGAAGCUUAUCAAGGCAUCUAAGGAGCACCCAAUCACUCUGGCUAUUGGUGACGGAGCCAACGAUGUCAGCAUGAUUCUCGAGGCACACGUGGGCAUCGGCAUCAUGGGUAAGGAGGGGCGCCAGGCGGCGAGGAACAGUGACUACGCCAUCCCAAAGUUCAAACACCUGAAGAAGAUGCUGUUGGUGCACGGACACUUCUACUACAUCCGCAUCGCUGAGCUGGUGCAGUACUUCUUCUACAAGAAUGUGUGCUUCAUCUUCCCUCAGUUCCUCUAUCAGUUCUUCUGUGGAUUCUCUCAGCAGCCACUGUACGACACAGCCUACCUCACGCUGUACAACAUCAGCUUCACCUCGCUGCCCAUCCUCCUCUACAGCCUCAUAGAGAAACACAUCAGCAUAGAGAUGCUCAAGAGAGAUCCCACUCUGUACAGGGACGUAGCUAAGAAUGCUCUGCUGCGCUGGCCCGUGUUCCUCUACUGGACGUGCCUGGGCUUGUUCAACGCCUGUAUCUUCUUCUUUGGUGCCUACUUCCUGUUCGACAACACCACCUUCACCAGUAACGGACAGCUUAUGACCACCAACACACAGAUGAUGUUUGGAAACUGGACCUUCGGGACUCUCGUCUUCACUGUGCUGGUGUUUACUGUCACGCUCAAGCUUGCCUUGGACACACACCACUGGACCUGGAUCAACCACUUUGUCAUCUGGGGCUCCCUGCUUUUCUAUGUCAUCUUCUCACUGCUCUGGGGAGGCAUCAUCUGGCCCUUCUUGAACUACCAGAGGAUGUACUAUGUGUUCAUGCAGAUGUUGUCCAGUGGUCCGGCCUGGCUCGGCAUCAUCCUUCUCAUCACGAUCAGCCUGCUGCCUGAUGUGGUCAAGAAGGUCCUCUGCAGGACCCUGUGGCCCACCGCCACCGAACGCGCACAGAGGGUGAGGGCUGAUGGCGUGCACGAGGGGAGUGUGUCCCCGGCCACGGGACCGGACCCCAGUCCUGUUGCUGGUGGUGGAGGCAGUGAGAGCGACAUGCUUUGCCCUGCUAGGACCUGUGAGGGGGAAAGAGGAGGUGAAGGGGUGCGAGCUGCCAGGACUUAUGACUCCAUGAUGUCACACAACCCUAACUACCUUCUCAGCCAGCCCCUAGACCACGCCCCCUCAGAUGGUGAGGGCUGUUACGGACAUUGACAAGCUGUUGCAGAGCAGUGUAGCAGAGUUGACCCCCAUGUCCUCUCGCCCUUCUGGCCCCUCCUCCAAACGGAAGAGCACUGACACCUCCCACCUUCACCUUGGGGUUCCAGGGCCCGAACACUCCACAGGUCUGAGUUCUUCCCCCACAAACUGGUAUUGUUCCACUGGGCUGAUGGGGGUGGGGCAGACCUCCGCACCCUCAGCCUCUACGUGCUCCAUAAACUCAGGCUGGCUUUGCCUACUACCCACCAGGGCCAGAGACCUCUGUGUGACACAGACAGACACACACACAAAUACAGGCUGAUGUGUGAGCAUACACAACGAUGUGCACACACACAGAGACCAAAAUGUGACCUAAACCUACAAAUAAUAUGGAUUUGUGUUCCACUCAUAAACAAUGCAUACACAAACGCUCACUAAUUCUCACAUACUCCUCGAACAUGAAACAUUUACCAUGUGCAUUGUCAGCCAUUCGGAAGCGGAUACGAUUUGAGGCUUCCACAUGCUUCAAUUCGGCUGGCGCCUUGCCGAGAAUGUAGCGAGUGCGCUUGCAUACUCCCUUAAGACUUUCACUUGAAAAAUCAAUACAAAAUGUAUGUCCAUUUUGAGAUGCCGUAGCCAGCAUACAAUUCCUCAAAAUAGUCAGAAUUAAUCGAAGAACUCGUGAAAUUUUGACGCUUUUGCCGAUGAGAUCUUAGUUGCCAAUUUACAUCUAACUAAGAUGUUUGGUGCAGUAUUUAUCAAUGGAAAAAAUGUGCAUGAAAAUUAGUUGUCACGUUGAAUGACAACAAAGACUUUAUUGAAGAAUCCCUACUGGUGACCAAUCACCGAACUUCGGCUACCGACUUCGGCUCGUGUCCCUGAACAGCUGCAAAAACUCUUCCCGAAGUCCAAAAGGAUAAAAAUGUCAGAAAAUGUCAUUGUAAUAUAUGCACAAACUCUUACGAACUGUUUCGGCUGGGAGGCAUGUGGACGCCUUUGACCUCCAAGUUGCCUCCAAUUGGUCCUGUCAUAGUUCUAUUUCAGUCUGGUCCUGAUCCCAGUCCACACCACUACUCUACUACUCUGCUAUUCUAUUCUACUACUUUACUACUCUAUUCUACUCUACUACACUACUCUAUUACUCUACUCUUCUGCUACUUUAUUCUACUCUACUUUACU